CCCCUCUCCCUCAUCCCAAGGGUGGGUGGGGGGAAAGGAGACAUUGAUUUUCCUAUAGAGGAACUGGGACGCCUCUAGUUGGAUCAACGAAGAACAUGUCAAAAGCAGGAGGGGAUUGCUGGGCCUUAUCGGAGGCAGCUCUGGAGCAGGGGUUGAAAACAGAAGAGAAAGAAUCUUGCCUUGGAGCAUCCCAAGGGCCUGUUGCGAUCCAAGCUGGAAGAAGUGGGGGAAUCUGUGAAAGAAGCAUGCAGACGUUUCCGGAAGAGGACACCGUCAGCGCCAACGCACAGUGCCUGCAGUUCCGGCAGUUCCCCUAUCAGGAGGCCAAAGGGCCCCGUGAGGUUUGCAAACAUCUCCACAAUCUUUGCCACCAGUGGCUGAAGCCAGAACAACACACGAAGAAAGAGAUGCUGGACCUGGUGAUCCUGGAGCAGUUUCUGGUUAUCCUACCCUCGGAGAUCCAGAGCUGGGUCCAAGAAUGCAGGCCAGACACCUGUUCCCAGGCGGUGGCCCUGGCAGAAGGCUUCCUCCAGAAGCAGGCCGAGGGGAAGAAGCAAGAAGAGCAGGGGCCUUUAUCAGACACGACCGCAGCUCAUUCCCCCAAGAUGGAGAACGCUCAGUCAGAAAGCAGCCUGAGGCCACCGUUGAGGUGGGUCGUGGAAGAGGGUGACCAAGAUGCAGUUGUCUCACUGGGUGAUGGGCCAGCUUUAAGCCCUGAAUUUUCUGCUCAUUGUGAUGGAGUUGAGACUGCCUUGGUGCAGCCAGAACAGGCAGGGACUGCCAUGGAUUUUCAUUUGGGAGCCUGCAGGAGAAAUUUCAAGACAGUAGCUGCCACUACAGCAAAAGGAUCUUCAUUGUAUGACUGA